AUGACGAAAUAUUCAUUUGUCCUGUUCCUCUCCAUUCACCUGUGCAUCCUGGCAUGUUUGGGCACAGCGCAGCGCCAUGGACCCUGGAGAAACAAGGUGCAGUGGGAGACAAACAGGCAGGUUUAUAGCUUACUGACCACCGGUUCUCAGUAUCACAUACCUGCUACUGGACGACGAAAUACGCAGUUCUUUUUAAAGAGGCACUUGAUGCCAAGAUUCACUGGCAGGUUUUUUGUGGGACAUUUCGCAAGUCCAAGGAGGCACGCAAUUGCACAUACAGUGCAGUCAAACUCUGCGCCAGAGCACACAGGUGGCAUGAACAGUGGUGUUCUUGGUGUGGAUGCAAGACGUUACCUGAUAUCUGGUCAAGCAUCACUUAUGAGGAAUAAUAAUCCACAUUUUUCAGCUUUGCGCACAGUGAGAAUUGCACAGGACGCAUUGCACACCCAGUCCGUGCACUAUAGCGCAGCACCAACUCGCAUAACUACAUCGGCACCUUUGGAAUAUUCAGGGAGCACAAGCGCACUAGGUAGCCGUAACUUAGAAACCGGCACACUGGUGCCAAAGCGACGAUCUCCCAUUCCAGCCACCGAAACCCCAGCCACGAUGAAUUUUGAGGAGAACACCCCUCGUCAACCUCAAGUUUCCACUUUGACCGGGAGUAACACUGAAAUGCAGGUUAAUAACUCUGAAUUUCCAUUGAGAACAAGUUUGGUGCCCAGUGCAUCUUUACUUUCAGCAUCUGCUAAUAACAGGAAUAAUGUAAUUCCUACUUACCAGGAAGAGGAAAGAGAAGGUGACAGUAUGAUUGGUGAUGAACCAACUAAUCUGAAUGUAAACAGCAGGAACUCUCUUGACUACAACUUGCUCACAUAUGGAAGUGUAAACCGGCAUCUUCAAAUAGAUACGGGUUACGGUAGCAGGUAUUUCCAUAACGGUAAGACAAAUGACCAUAUAUAA